CUAAGAUCCGUAGUGCAAUUAAACGCCACCCCUAGCGGCAGCUUGGUGCAACUGAAGACACUUGUACCAAGUUGCUUGUACGACCAGAGUUUUUCACUAUUCAUGAUAAUUUGACUAUAUUAAGCACUUUUUGUUGUGAAUUACACUAAGUGACGAAGUUUUCUACUGGAAAAUGACAACUAAUAUGUAUCGAGUGGGGGACUAUGUCUACUUUGAGACUGCACCCUCCAUGCCUUAUCAAAUUCGAAGGAUUGAAGAGUUAAAUAAGACAUCAAGCGGUAAUGUGGAAGCCAAAGUUAUGUGCUAUUUUCGACGAAGGGACAUACCUGCUACCCUGCUUUCCCUUGCUGAUAAACAUCAAGAAUUUGUUGAUGGUGGAGUAAAUGAAAAUAAUGGUAAUGGUACAGCUAAAACCGAUCCAAUCAGCUCUCCUGCAAAAGCUGUCACAUCACCUACAUCAAAUGCUGAUGGUGCAUCUGCUGAUCCUGAUCCUGCAGUCAAGAUGGAAACAGAAUCAGAUGGUGACAAUACUUCAAGCAAAAAGGAAGAAGAAAAAACUACCUCUGUAGUUGAAAUUAAAACAGAGAAAGAAGCAGUUGAAAAGGUUGAAGAGAAAGAGCCAGUAGAUGAAGAGUUGAAUUUGAAACAAAAAAAUCAGCUUAAUCAAAGAGAAUUGUUCCUUUCAAAACAAGUUGAAAUUCUUCCAGCAACAAAUAUUCGUGGAAAAUGCAGUGUUACCCUCCUUAAUGAGACUGAAUCAUUUUCGUCUUACAUUGACAAAGAGGACGCAUUUUUUUAUACAUUGGUGUACGAUCCAGUGCAGCGAACUCUGCUAGCUGAUCGUGGAGAAAUCCGCGUUGGUUCCCGGUUUCAGGCAGAGAUCACCCCUCUUAUGAAAGAAGGUACUACAGACGGUCGCAACAUGGAAGAAUUAGAAGUCUUAACGUGGACCCCUGAACACGGGUUAUCAGAUCGUGAAAUAGAUCAGUUCCUGGUUGUUGCGAGAUCAGUGGGAACAUUCGCCCGAGCAUUAGAUUGUUCUUCUUCUGUCAAACAACCCAGCUUACACAUGAGUGCAGCUGCUGCUUCAAGAGAUAUAACUUUGUUCCAUGCCAUGGAUGCACUACACCAGUCAGAAUAUGAUUUAGGCAAAGCAACGUGCGCUCUCAUUCCCCCAACUGGUCCUAUUUUAUGUCGUGAUCAAAUGGAAGAGUGGUCCGCCUCUGAAGCAAAUCUUUUUGAAGAAGCAAUGGAGAAAUACGGAAAAGAUUUUAAUGAUGUUCGCCAAGAUUUUUUGAAUUGGAAAGUCCCGUCCAGCUUAAUCGAAUACUAUUAUUUAUGGAAAACUACUGAUCGCUACGUUCAACAAAAAAGAGUGAAGGCUGUCGAAGCUGAAUCAAAACUAAAACAAGUCUACAUACCUACAUAUAACAAACCUCAUCCCGCUGCAAUUGGUCCACCUCUUCCGCAAUCAUCGAAGAACGGAGCUCACCAAAUCGAAAUUGGUUUGGGUCCGGGCAAAUUUUGUGAAUGUUGCGCAGUUGCAACUUCGGUUCAAUGGUACGCAUGGAGUCCAAAUAAUACUGCCUCGUCUGCCGUUCCACCACAAAGCAGAUUGUGCCAAUCGUGUUGGUCCUAUUGGAAAAAGUACGGGGAUCUCACCGUAUCGAAUAAGGCAGCCUUGCCUGCUUCAUCCGACGAAGAGUCCAAGAACUUGAGUGGUGGUCCUGAAGCCCUGACAUCACGUCCACAUCGUUGCACAACUCAAGGAUGUGGAAAGACUCGAACUGCUUUUUAUUUGGCUGUAACACCUACAACGCGGCUGGCUCGAAGGUUUUCUGCUCACUUGUUGCGACCUCGUCAUGCUGCACGAUUCCCUUUCCUUCCUAUCAGCGCUGCAGCGAUCCGACAGGAUUUCCAAAUGCGUAUGGCUCGAAAGUCACCUGCAGAAGUGCAAUCUUGGAUGUUGCGUGCCCAGAAACCGCUGGCACCGAUUCGUCCUCCCAAACGUAUACGCGUCGCCGACUUGACUUUCCGAUUGGCUCGUGGUCAGAUCCUUCCCACUACGGCUACCUGGCUCAUUCUGCCUGAUCGUUCCUUGCCCAAACCCAAGCUGAUGCGUGAAGCUUUUCCAAAGCCUCCAAAAGCCGCCGACGGUAGCCUCAUUUACGAUAAGAUCGUCUUACCGCAGCGUGACGGAGACCGACUUAAAAGGCGUCUGGAUGACUCACCUUUGGAAGGUCCUCCCUUCAAACGAUCUGCUCGUGAGAGUCCCAGCAAUGUUUCUCCACUCUCCGUUUUGGCUCCACUGUCUGGUCUGGCCAUGGGAAUGAGCGGAAGUCCAACGCCCAUCAACGCAUCUCCAUUUCUACCCAACUUAUCUAGCAUUUCAUCUCUACCAAUAUCUUCAUUGCGACCUAAUAUUCCGUCAGAGCUCUAUGUCUCUGCUUUGACUAAUUCUAGCGGUCUUGCUCCCUUAUUGCCUGGAACUAAGGGCACUCCGUCACCGUCUUCCGCUAUCUCGCCGACAGUAAAGCCCAGUUUGCUUCCGUCCGCUCCGCAGUCACUUACCGCACCCAACCUACUGGCCGGAAGAGGUGCUCGCAGCCAUGGAUCACGCGGCGGGCUUCAUGGGCAUUCGGGCGGAAGAAUCAAGCAGUUGCCCACAUGGAUGGAUGCACCUGAUGACCUCUUUUUCCAUUCGACUCAAGUUACCAAGAAACUUCGACGCCAGUUGGCCACACAAGAACUCCGGCGGGCUGCACGCAAACCGUGGCGACCAUUGACCCCUCGUAAAGCCUGAACAACCCCCUUCGUCUCCCUCCCUCCCACCCCCACCCCCUUUUUUUGCUGUAAUGCAUCUCCCUUAUCACCCUACAUUUGCCUGCCGUUUUCAAUUGUUGUAAUCUCUUUCCCCUCCCUGAUGAAUCAAAUGGGUCGGCCUCUUUACGAAAACUGGCGUCAUGAUAUACUCGACACAAACUUCUUUUUAACAAAUUGCUUCAUCAUUACAUGUAGCAUCAUCAUUA